AUGCAGACACUUCCGCCUGAGGUCCUGCUCCAGAUCGGUCUCUACCUCAACGCCAAGACCUCUCUUACUUGUAUGACCGUCUGUCGUGAAUGGAGAAUGGCCUUCACACCAUCCCUCUGCCGUGUCGUCAACAGCUGCGAGCGACUUUGGCGAUCCAUCCUUCAUUCCAUCCCCUUCGGGGAGUUACCAAGCCUUUUCUCCAAGCACAACCAAUGGAUCCGCGACUUGAAUAUGGACGACGUGGCGAUCCUGAAUGCAGCACUCAAAGCUAACCUGACAACCCUCCAAUCGCUGACCUUCAGCAAUGUUGACCUGAACCAGACCAUGGCGGUUUGGGCGUUUGUCCUCUCCGAUCCUGGUUUACAACAACUCGCCUUCAACUCCGUCUUGCCCGUGGAUAAGUUCGCCAUUACUAUAACCACAACUUCGUAUCCGUUGCGACUUGUCUACAACCUGACCCGGGCAAGCGAGUCUUUCUUGAUCAGUACCUUUUCGACGCUCACUAAGAUCCGACACCUGCAUAUUGGCAUGUACGCAGACGACUACCUCCAUACGCUUUCGACUCUGGUCGCUAAGGACUUGUCUGCCAUCGAGACCGCGCGGGUUCGCUUUCCCAACAUCAGGACGGUGUGUAUCAAGGCAGGAAACGUCGAAAACCCAACAGCCAUGUUCCAACAGCUCUCGACAAUCUUCCCAGCGAUGGAAUGUCUUGGGGCUCGUCGAGUGUACUGGUGGGAGAAAAAGGUGACCAAGAUGCCGUUUCUCGUCAGACUGGAAGUCGGAUUGAUCAGCCCCACGGACCUGAAUGCGAUCUCGAGCACAUACAGCAACGCGCUCGUCUACCUGCGGUUCAGUCUCCGGGAUAACUGGUCUGCUGAAGUGUGUCAGAUCUUGGCUGCAUGCGCUCGGUUGAGAGAGUGUCUUGGUGAUGGACAUGUCGUUCUGGCAGAGGAUAUCAUCAACGGGCCAACAUGGACCUCUCGUAUCGAAACCAGAUUUACACGCAGGACUGCUGCGGGGAAGGAGGCUCAGGACCACCAGAAGGCAUUACAUGCGAUGCAGCAACAAGUCUAUGCGAACCUGGCGCAACUCCGGAACCUCGUGAAGAUCAACUUUGGAUGGAGUUACACCUACGACAACAUCAGGUACGACAGAAACAAGUGGGCCACCAAGUUAAUCGAUAAACUCCACCGCAGCGACAUUGAAACGGGUAUCGACUUCUCGCAGGAGUCCGGGUUCGGUCAGGUGGUGUCUCUUCCUAGCCUCAAGAAGAUUAAGUUGCGCAAGUUCUGUGAGACCCAAGCGAUCGGGAGCUCGCAGCAGUCGUGGAUGAUGGAGGGAUGGGAGAUGCGCGAGACCUGGAAGGAGCACAUUUACACCCUCGUGGCCCAUCGACGUGCUUGA